GAAAAGUUUUAACAAGCUGGGGAAAAUAGUUUCUUGGGCAGGAGGUUCAACCACCACCUACCUUUAUUUUCUCCUUGGCCAACAAACGAUGUUAAAUGAAACAAUCAAUUCAUUUACUAUCUCCUAUCUGCUAUACUCUCUGCCUUCCUCUCUCCCUUUUCCAUAAAUUUUUAGAAGAAGCAAUCCCACACGCAUUCAUCAAUUACUCUCUUCUUUUUCAUCAAUUCGUAACAUUUUUCAAGAAAUUAAAGAGAAGAGAGUAAUCUAAUGCUGAUCAGAAUAAUGGCAUUCUGUUUGACAUUGUCUUCAUAAUCAUUUCCUUUCCACAUAUUUAUACCUUCUCUCUCUAAUAAUCCAAACUGGUGUAAUGGGUGUCAUGGGAAAAUCAAGAAUGGCGUUAACAUUAACAGGCAGAGCCGUGCAUGAGGCCCUAAGCUUCAUAGUAUUUUCGUUUCUUGAUGUUCUUGAUUUCCUUCUUUGUUUUACGUACAAAGUGAUAGAUUUUUUCGUGGAAGCAGAGUGGAAACCUUGCUACUGUAACUCAGCAAAAGAAGCCCUUACUAGCAGCGGCAAGAUCUUGGUGACGGAGAAAGGCGGAUCCAAGAUUGUUCGCGUCAGCUCUAGCAAGUUAGAACUAGAGGAGAUCUCAGACACUCUCUAUACGCGCCCUUCAUUACUGUCCGAGGUUUCAAAGUUAACUGUUAAUGAGCUAAAAAGGAUCAAGGUAGAGAAAACAGUAGUUCAAUCGUGUGGUGAUGAAAAGGUCAAGAAACGAACGGUGAGAUCUACAUUCAGUGAGAGCUCAACCAUUGUUGAAAUGCUUCAGGAAAAGAUGGGUGGCCAGCAGAUUCUUCCGAUUCCUAGAUGGUCUGAUUGUGAUUGUACACUCUGUACUUGCUGGACCACUUCAACCAAAGAAACUCUCUUUGUUAAAGCUCAGGGUCCAAAAGGUAAAGCAAAAGAAGAUGUAAUCUUCAUCCAUGGAUUCAUUUCAUCAUCAGCGUUUUGGACAGAGACUUUGUUUCCCAACUUUUCGAAUUCUGCAAAAUCAAGCUUCCGAUUUUUGGCGGUUGAUUUGUUGGGAUUUGGAAGAAGUCCUAAGCCGACAGACUCUCUUUACACACUUAAAGAACACUUGGACAUGAUCGAAACCUCUGUUCUGGAAGCUUACAAGGUUAAAUCUUUCCACAUUGUAGCUCAUUCUUUAGGCUGCAUUUUGGCCUUGGCGCUAGCCGUUAAACAUCCUGGAUCAGUCAAGUCCCUCACUCUCCUUGCGCCUCCAUAUUAUCCAGUGCCUAAGGGAGUACAAGCAACACAGUAUGUCAUGAGAAGGGUAGCUCCAAGGCGCGUGUGGCCACUUAUUUCAUUUGGCGCGUCCAUUGCUUGCUGGUAUGAGCACAUUACCAGAACCGUUUGCCUGGUUAUAUGCAAGAAUCAUAGGUUGUGGGAAUUUCUUGCCAAACUUAUCACAAGAAAUAGAAUCAGGACGUUCUUACUUGAAGGUUUCUUUUGCCACACGCAUAACGCAGCAUGGCAUACACUGCAUAAUGUUAUCUGCGGUACAGCCAGCAAGCUCGACGGCUACCUGGAAGCAGUUCGUGACCACCUGAAAUGCGAUGUUAAUAUUUUUCACGGCGAAAAUGACGAGCUAAUUCCACUUGAGUGCAGUUACAGUGUCCAAGAAAAAGUUCCUCGUGCUCGCGUUAAGGUGAUAGAGAAAAAAGAUCAUAUCACCAUUGUUGUUGGUAGGCAGAAGGCUUUUGCUAGAGAAUUGGAAGAAAUUUGGAGCAAAUCAAGUGACUAAUUAGGACACUUUUUUAAGUAUACGAACCCUAGUUUUAAUUAAUAAUUAAUUAAGUCAUCGUAUAUACAUAUUUAUAUCCUACAAAAUUGGAUAUAAUUGAAAAGAAAAAAAAUUAAAGUGACGGGUUUUGUGUACAACUUGGUCACUUUAUGAAGUCUCGUGAGCUAGGCAAUGCUAAAGAAUGAUGUUAAUUAAAUACCCGCCAUUAUUAGGGUAUUAUGAAAUGUUUGUGGAUAUGAUAAGAAAUGAAAACAAAAAGAGACAAAAUCCUAGCUUGCUAUUACGUAAAA